AGUGGUCAUUCCUUGGCAGGGUGAACUUGCAUGUGUGCAUGAUUAUUUUACACAGCUUGGACCUAACAAUUUAACAGACAAAGAUUGGGAUAUCUUUAGAAGAACAUCGAAAAAUGGAUUUGGACAUCAUCCACCACCAACUGGCGUCAGUAUUCGGCGAGAAAUUCGAACAUUAUCAAAGGAAGAAUGGCAUAAUGUAACAGAUGUCUUCAGACAGCUUUUUGAGGCAGGUACACUCCAGGCAUUUGGGCGCUUACACGGACAAGCAAAAUUGAGGGCUCACAAAGGUGCCGCAUUUCUACCUUGGCACAGAGUUUUCGUUACGCAUUUCGAGCAAGAAAUGCGGAGUAUAAACCCUAGUGUUUCCUUACCAUAUUGGGAUUAUACAAUUGAUCACGACAUUCCGCAACCUUUUGAGUCCGUCCUAUGGACACCUUGUUAUUUUGGAGAGAAUAACGACACUGUACAGUCGGGCCCGUUCAGUUUUUUCUACGGGGCACAUGGAGCUGUAAUUUCAAGAGAUCUGGCGAAAACUAUCAACGACACCAGGCUCAUUAGCAAAAGAGAUAUAGAACUGUUAAAAGACUUCUGCGAUUUUAAUGAUAUAACCACCAGUGCUGUCGAGUCUAAAGACAGUCAUGUUUUAGAACACAAUUUAGAAAGUCUUCACGAUAGUGUCCAUGAUUAUAUAGGAGGAGACAUGGGUGUUGUAGAAAACUCUGCAUACGAUCCAGUAUUCUGGUUUCAUCAUGCCUUUAUCGAUUAUAUAUGGGAAUCAUUCAGAGAACAUCAAAUUGAAAAAUCACUGAAUGACAUAGGAAGACGUUUUGUAAAACUGCAAGGUCCUGAGGAUGCCAUGUUUGGUUACGGACACCUGAAGAACAUUGAUGGACUUUGGUUGAAUUGGACAAAACAGUUUUAUAUUUAUGAACCGCAACCCUCAUGUGGCAGCACUUGCAGCGGGAAAUAUUUAUAUUGUGAAGAUGGAAACCGAUGUUUAACCAGCACAAAAGAGAAAUGUAUAGGUACAGAGUCAAAUCCAGUUCGGGUUUUGCGUGAAGUCAAGGACGUUGACUCGCUAAUACCGAAACUCCCUUGUGAAGCAGGAACAGAACUAAAAGGCCUUAUAGGAGACGGCAGAACAAGGGAUACAUCUAAAGCUGAAUGUGAGCGCAUUUUAAAGAAACAGGAAAACGUAGAGGACGUUGAUCAUGUCGUCAUCAAUGAAUAUAGAAGCAGCAACGAUGGUGGGAAAAACUUUGGAUUUGUCGUGCUUGGAGCAGUUUUGAUGUUGCCGGUAGUUAUUGGCACAUACUGUUACCUCAGACGUAAACAUCAUUUUUAAAGGAGAACCAUAACUGUAAAUGCAACUGCAUUAUUGUACAAUUAAUAUAGCAUUUUGCAAAAUUGAAAUAUGUGCUUCAAACGUAUUUGUCUAACAACAUUAUAUCUUUCAUUGUAUUGCAAACAGUUAUACUAUACUAAUCUAAACAAGUUGAUUUCUUUUAUUAAAGUCUGUAAAUCAACCAAA